AUGAAACCGAUAAAUGGACAUUCUUUGAUGUCGGAAUUUAGUUCUUUUAAGAAGUCUACCGCGCAAGUAGCCUCUGGGGCUAGAAUUUUUUAUGACCAAUUUGGAGUGAAAGAUGAAAUGAAGAGCCGAAUUUCUUUGGUGACCGGAAGAAUUGUGGAUAAAAGGAAGUGUCCGGAAGUAAGAGCUGUCGCGCAUUUUGAUCUGUCUCAGAUGCUGGGAGACUGGUAUGUAGUAGAGUACUAUGCGAGUGCUGAAGAAGCGCUCUCCUACAGUUGUAUGAAAGCCGUCUUCACUGAAGACGAUCAUGUACAAGCUGAAGAUGGCUCUAUUGAAUGGACGCCAGGAGUUACCAUGAAUUUCACUUACCGUUUUGCGGAUGACCCUCUCGGGGAAAACCUAUUGGGCAACAUCACUUGGAAAAUUGAUUUGAAUGAACCUGCACACUGGACACAUUCGGAAAUGACUUACGAUGGCAUAUACAAUACAUAUGUACUAGACACAGAAUAUAAAACCUGGAUGCUACUUUUACAUUGUGCCGAACAGAGAGAAGGCGCUAGGUAUCUUAGUGCAUUCAUACUUUCAAGAAAGGCUACAUUGCCUAAGAAUGUUAUGGCAUAUUUAAGAGAUAAACUACCUAGAUACGACGUCGAUGUAAAAUACGUGUUCCCAAUCCCCCACGAGGAAUGUUCGGAUAAGCCCGCUAAAGCUGAUUACACCCCAAUUUUAGUAGAAGUCGGAAGCAAAAUUCCAAAGAAACCUGGCGUCAGCUAUAAUGUCGCCUUUGGGCAU